UCACCGUUGAGCCUCGCCCUGCUGUGCUCUCUACAGUUAGGGGUUAUUGGAAGCCUCGGUUGAUCUCAUAACUUCACUACUGUGCGGAUCGUGCUGACAUGGACCCCCAGCAGCAGCAGCCUCCAGCCCAGGACUCUCCUGGGGAAAACUCAGAAGCAGAAAAAAGAAAUAAAGGCUACUUUUCUUGGAUAUCAGGGAAGUCUGUCGCCAUUGUAGGAGGUACAGUGAUGGGAGGACUGGGUGCGGUGGCCUUGGCUCCUGUGGUUCUGGGAGCCAUUGGUUUCACCUCAGCUGGGAUAGCAGGAGGCUCCUUUGCUGCAAGCAUGAUGUCUGCUGCUGCCGUUGCCAACGGAGGAGCGGUGGCAGCAGGAAGUCUGGUGGCUGUUCUACAAUCUGCAGGUGCUGCUGGUCUCUCAGCGACCGCCUCUGCAGCUGUGGCCAGUGUUGGUGCUGGCAUUGGUGCUGGUCUUGGAGCUGCUGCAGGAAGUCCGCCAGGUAAUCCACAGGAGGAGAAAGAGAAAGCUGGGGACAAGGAAGAGAAGAAGCAGGAGGAGAAGAUGAUGAGAAAGGAUCAGAUGAAAGGAGAAAAAGAUAGUGAUGAUGAUGAUGAUGAUGAAGGAAAAGGACAAGAAAUUGUCCCAUACUAAUUUUUUCAGAAUUUCUUAAAUGUUAUAAUGGACAGAGGUGCAUCAGCCUCUCAUUAAACAGCCUGCAGUUUCCCUGAACUUCACAGCUAUUACCUGAAGCUUUGUUGGGAACCUAGUUCAUCUGUAUGAGAGAAAAUAUGUUUCUGUAACGUUAACAGUCCAGACCUUCUCAUUUAGGAUUCAGCUUUACUCCAGUGAAAAUAAUUUUUCUAUCAAA